AUGCACUCUAGAAGGAGAAAAUAUGAUACUUCGGAUGAAUCUUCGCAAGUUUCUGAACUUUCUGGACAACAAAACAAAAGUGAAGGGCUCUCUUCGAAAGAUGACAAUAAGCAGUCUAGUCCCAAAAUGAAUUCUGCUAAAUGUAUUCGAGGUCGAAGAUCACCACAAAAUUUAAAAAUUGGCAGUCGACCCAAAGUUGUUCCACCGAAAUUAAGCGGAGAUACAAAAUGGCGUUAUGUUGGUGUUUGUACCAAAAAUGAAGCUGAGUCAUAUGUGCCUCACUGUACUGAAUUUCGGCUAUACCAUCAAUGGAAUUCCAUGAUUCUUACUGCAAACAGUUUGCAGAUGGAUUUUGAGAGCAUAGAUCGUCUUCCACUUACAGUAGUUUACCACGCAUCUACUAAAAUGUACUUUCAUUGGCUUGUACGAACAAUGGGUGAACUGAUCGAAAACAAAGACAAAAAAGUAAAGGAAUUUGUAAUCCGAAGUUAUUACAUCGAACACGGUGGUCCAUGCCUCAGUACUCUCGAUGCACUCAUUAGAAGUUACGAGACUCACACGUACAGUCGCAAAGGUCAAAUCGACGUCUUCCACAUCCCAUGA